AUGGACACAGAUAAAUCAUAUACCAUUGUAUUAAAACUUGGCUCUUCAUCAUUAGUAGCUUCAGAUUCUCGAGAGCCAAGAUUGGCUUUGAUGUCUAAAGUUGUUGAGACAGUUGUAGCAUUAAGAAGACAAGGACAUAAAGUGGUAAUUGUCUCUAGUGGUGGUAUUGCUGUUGGAUUAAGAACUUUAGAGAUGGAUAAAACCCAAACACUUAUCAGAGAUUCAAGCUGUAUCAGCAGUAGUCAAGGUAGAUUAAUUGCUAGAUGGGAUCGAUUAUUUUCAUUUUUCGAUCAAAGAAUUGCACAAAUCUUAUUAACAAGAAAUGAUAUUGUUGAUUGGUCUCAAUAUAAGAAUGCUCAAGGAACAAUACAUGAACUUUUAAAAAUGGGGGUUGUCCCAAUUAUUAAUGAAAAUGAUACUUUAUCAGCAAGAGAUAUUAGAUUUGGUGAUAAUGAUACGUUAUCUGCUAUUGCAGCAUCGUUAGUUAAUGCGGAUUAUUUAUUUUUAAUGACAGAUGUGGAUUGUUUGUAUACGGAUGAUCCAAGAUCAAAUCCAGAUGCCAAACCAAUUUUAAUUGUUCCAGAUUUAUCACAAGGGUUACCUGGUGUGGAGACUUCAGGUGGGUCUGGUUCAGAUGUGGGGACUGGUGGUAUGAGAACCAAAUUGGUUGCUGCCGAAUUGGCAACAACAGCUGGUGUUCAUACGAUUGUUAUGAAAAGUGAUGUUCCAGAGAAUGUUUACAAGAUUGUUGAAUAUAUGCAAUCUACUGAUUUAGAUGGACAACGUCAAAAAUAUGAUGGAGAUAUAAUGGAAGUCCAAGAUGCAGAAUUGAAAAGAUUACAAGAAUUGGAUGUUCCACUUCAUACGAAAUUUGUGGCUAAUGAUGUGAAACAUUUGUUGAAAGAUCGAGAUUUCUGGAUCUUACAUGGGUUGGUUGCUAAUGGAUCUGUGGUGAUUGAUGAAGGUGCAUAUAAGGCCUUAACAAGGAAAAACAAAGCUGGGUUAUUACCAGUGGGGAUCAUUGCCAUUGAAGGAUCAUUCCAUGAAUUUGAAUGUGUUGAUUUGAAAUAUGGUAAGAGAUUAAAGAAUGGAGAAGUGGAUCCAAAUUUCCCAUUGAUUACGUUUGGGAGAGCCAGAUGUAAUUAUUCAAGUACUGAAUUGGAAAAGAUUAAAGGUUUACAAAGUGAUCAAAUCGAUUCUAUAUUGGGAUAUUUAGAUAGUGAAUAUGUUGCUGAAAGACAAAACAUUGCGUUCCCACCAACUGAGUUUGAAGUGUAG